CAAGAGGAUAGCAGAGAUCUGCAGCAGGCGAAGAGGAGUGGACAAUAAAUUACUUCCUUUAUUUAGCAAGCAUUCAAACUCACAUCCAAAACGUGCUGAAGAAAACAUGUCGGGAGGGAAGAUCAAGCCAUGACCACGAGACUCCUGUGGAAGGCCCUGUGCCUGCUGGUCCUACUCUGCACCGUGUCACCCUUCGGCUCCGCCACCAAUCACCCGGACGCCUCAGCCCCAGAGCAGGGAGUCACCUUCAGCCAUGUCUAUAAAAUCGACAUUCCGGGAAGCUCCAGUUGUAAACUUGAGCGUCUGCCAACCCAGGACGAAACAGGUCUGCAGACAGAGACCACUACGAAUGGAGAGAACGACAUCAUCUUCAGACAUAACAUCAGGCUGCAGACACCAGUGUGUGACUGUGCAGAAUCAGAAAGCUUCAAGUCACUCUUGUACAGAGUCAACGGGCUGGAGGAAGAAGUCAACUACCUAAAGACCCAGUGUACUCAGGGAUGCUGUGGAAGUGGUGGGGCUGCAGGAGUAGACACAAGCUGCAGUGGCCAUGGUACCUACCAACCCGAUACCUGCAGCUGCCUCUGUAACCCAGGAUGGGAAGGCCCAGAUUGCUCAGUGUCCUCCUGCCCUGACGAGUGCAAUGACAACGGCCGAUGUGUGGAUGGGAAGUGUGUGUGCCAUCAGGGCUACACAGGAGAGGACUGCAGCCAGCUGAUGUGUCCAGACAACUGCAACGACAAGGGACAAUGCGUGGAUGGAAAAUGUGUGUGUUUCCCGCACUUCGCCGGCGAGGAUUGCAGCGUCCAGAAGUGUCCCAAUGACUGCAUUGGUAAUGGCCAGUGUGUGGACGGCCAGUGCAUCUGUGAAGAAGGCUUUUAUGGCGAAGACUGUUCAUUAGUCCUCGGCCCUCAGGAUCUGCGGUUGGUCCAGCUAACCGAUGUCUCUCUUUUGGUUGAGUGGGAGUCAGUCCGUGGGGCAGAGUAUUACAUUUUGACAUAUCAUCCCAAAGAUGAUAAGAGUGCCCUGGAGCAGGUCCGGGUUCCCAACACAGAGAACUCCUACCUCAUCACAGGACUCACUCCUGGGGUCACCUACAUUGUCCAGGUGUAUGCCGUCAUCAAAGAAAUUCAAAGUGAAGCCGACACGAUCGAAGCUACCACAGAUGUCUCCGCUAUUGAUGGUAUCCGAGUUCUUGGCCAGACAGAAGUCUCUAUCGAGGUGGACUGGAAGAACCCAUCAGCUGAGGUGGAUCACUUCAGACUCAAACAUACUGACCCGGCAGGACAGGAGGAGGAGCUGAAUGUACAGAGGAGCCAAGAGGCGCGCACCAAACACACUAUUGUUGGUCUGUUUCCAGGAACAGAGUACCAAAUCUCAGUGCAGGCUAUCAAAGGAACAACUGAGGGAAAACCUUCGUCUGUCACUGGUGCCACAGACAUUGAUGCUCCUACCAACCUGGUCACCACUGAAGUAACAGAGGACACUGCCACAGUUUCGUGGGAUCGUGUCCAGGCAGAAAUAGAGGGCUACAUGUUGAGCUACACUUCUGCUGAGGGCUCCAGCACCGACAUCCCCGUAGGACGUGACAGCACCUCGUACAGGCUGGUUGGCUUGAAGCCUGGAGUUCUCCACACUGUCUACAUCUGGGCCUUCAAGGGAGACAAAGUCAGCAGGAAGAGUUCAACAGAAGCUGAAACAGAGCUGGACACUCCUACUAACCUCUUAGCCCGAGAUGAAACAGAGUCCAGCUUCAGGGUGUCCUGGGAUCCCACCCAGGCAGAAAUUGAUGGCUACGCCCUAACCUACAGCUCCUCUGAGGGCUCAAGUGAGGAAAUCCCAGUCGGGUCUGACAGUACUUCAUACAUGCUGACUGGCCUGAGGCCUGGUGUCCCCUACACUGUCUACAUUUGGGCCAUCAAGGGGAGCAAAGUCAGCAGGAAGAUCUCAACAAAAGCUGAGACAGACCUGGAUGCUCCCGCUAACCUCUUAGCCCGAGACGUGAAAGAGACCAGCUUCAGCGUGUCAUGGGAUCCAGCCCAGGCCGAAAUAGAUGGCUACAUCGUAACCUACAGCUCCUCUGAGGGCUAUAGUGGGGAGAUACCAGUAGGGCCUGACAGCACCUCUUUCAUGCUGACUAGUUUGAGGCCUGGGGUCCUCUACACUGUCUACAUCUGGGCCAUCAAAGGAAACAAAGCCAGCGGGAAGAUCUCAACGCAAGCUCAGACAGAACUGGAUGCUCCUGCUAACCUCUUAGCCCGAGAUGAAACAGAGUCCACCUUCAGCUUAUCAUGGGAUCCAGUCCAGGCAGAAAUUGAUGGCUACAUCCUAACCUACAGCUCCUCUGAGGGCUUUAGUGAGGAAAUCCCAGUUGGGUCUGACAGCAGGUCUUACAUGCUGACUGGCCUGAGGCCUGGUGUCCUCUACACUGUCUACAUCUGGGCCAUCAAGGGGAGCAAAGCCAGCAGGAAGAUCUCAACAAAAGCUGAGACAGAUAUUGAUGCCCCUAAGGACCUGAAGGCGACAGAUGUGACGCUGGAGUCUGCUUUCUUGACUUGGGUUCCUCCUCUCGCUGACAUUGAAGGGUACACCCUCAGCUACAGAGAUGAGGAUGGGAGCAUGGAGAUGGUUGAAAAGCAGCUUGGAGCCAGCGAGAACAGUUUUGCUGUGUCCGGUUUGGAGAUGGGGAAGAGAUAUAUUGUCACCAUCAUCGCUUACAAGGAGAACAAGAGGAGCAAGGUGGUAGAGACUAUCUUCAGAACAGUUGGCCUGAUGUACCCCUUCCCCAUGGACUGUGUUCAGAUCAUGAAGAAUGGCAAUAAGAAGAGUGCUAUCUACACCGUCUAUAUUAACAAUGACCGCUCCAAACCAAUUGAGGUUUACUGUGACAUGGAGACUGAUGGAGGCGGCUGGCUGGUGCUCCAGCGACGUACCGUUGGCAAGCUGGACUUUAUGAAACGCUGGAAACAGUACAUAGUCGGUUUUGGCAACAUGACAGACGAGUUCUGGAUUGGUCUGGAUAAGAUAUAUGAGCUCACCAACACUCCUACUCAGUAUGAGCUGAGGUUUGACCUGGGACUUGGCGCAGAGAGAGCCUAUGCUGUAUAUGACAACUUUAAGAUUGCUCCGGUCAAGCAGAAGUUCAAACUCACUAUCGGCAAAUACAGUGGGACAGCAGGUGAUGCUAUGACCUACCACCAAGGCCGACCCUGGACUACUAUUGAUAAUGAUAAUGACAUCGCCCUGGGUAACUGUGCCCUGACCCACCGCGGUGCCUGGUGGUACAAAAACUGUCACCUGGCCAACCCCAACGGAAAAUGGGGAGACAACAGGCACAGUUUGGGAGUGAACUGGGAACCGUGGAAGGGCCACCUGGUGUCCCUCGACUUCACCGAGAUGAAGAUCCGUCCUGUGGGAGCCUUGUCCAGCAGGAAGAGGCGAUCGUUGAUGGCCAGAGAGAAGAGCAGAACCACAAACCUCCAAAAGAAAUAAUGGAGCACCUCCCACUUAGAGCACAACAGUCGUCAUGAGUCCCAUUAACCUGCCAUCACGCUAGAUUUUGGUGUUUCUGUACAUAUGUAUAUGUCCCCACUGGUCUACAUGCCUCUGUGUCUCAACUCUUGGACAGUAUGUACACUUCUUUGGGCAAGGAGAGAAAUACUCAUAAGCAAUAGUAACUUAUUAUCUGUUUGUAUUGUAUACAAUGAGAUUCAUCAGAAAUUCCUAAGUUUAGUGUGAUUGUGGGGAAGUGGUGAAUAGAAAACUGACUUGGAGUUGUUUUGAAUUGAAGAUUAACAAGUUUAGUCUUAUCAGUUAUAAUGCAAAUAUUAUUUGUUUAAUUCCUGUUUCACUGAUUCUGGUAGUAACCUCAAUUAUUAAUUUAGGAAACGGUAGAUUUAAGUUCAAUUGGAAACCUGCAUUCAUUUUAACUUUCUUUUUUAAACCUCAGGGCAGCAGCCCAGGUUAUUUGUAUUAUUUUUGUUUAUUUUAUGUCCUGUGAAGAAUUUGAGUAGCAGUUUUUCUUGUGUAUAGUAGUAUUGUCAUAACAACAUAAAUGUAAAAAUGGCUUGUGUGUUUUGUUUUAAGAUCAGUUAGUGUGAGUUUAUUGACUAUGACGCUAUCUGGCUGUGUCUCAUUCAGCUGUCGCUGCUGCACACACUGUCAAAUUAGUGUGUCAGACAAGCCAGAGAAUAACAAUGGAUGGCCAUACUGCUCCUGCUUUACAUUCAUAUUAUAGGCACAGCGCAUAUCAAUCAAUGUGAUGUGCCUACAUAACGUCAAUAAGGAUGAAGUUUAUCCCAUCCCCAGGGAUCUAAUGACCAAACUCUUGUUUUCAGUAUGGGAAGCUGAAAAAGGUUAUUAAUACUGCUUUGACUUUGACUUUAAUUACAUUUUUCUACACUUUUAUUACAAACUGCUGGUUUAUGAGACAAGUAUGGAGCACAUCAAUCAACAUUUCUGCUGAUCUGCCAGAAUUGAUUGGCCCCGCUCCUCAUAAAUUUUGCGUUCACUAAAAUGUCUAUUUAAACCUUCAUAGCCCAUAAGGUUUUAUUCUAACAAAUCCUCAAAGAGUUUCACAGUCAGAAAUGAGGACUGUCGCUAAGGAAUUUAAAAACCUGUAUAUGAGACUUUUGUUUUACUAAUUGUAUUGUCCUAACAUUAUAGGUGGUCAUUCAUAUUCGUGCCACACAUUUCACACAAUAAGAAAAUAAAGUUUUUUUUAUAUGAA